UAACCUUUAUAAAUUAUAAACAUCUUAAGUUUUCUUGUCAUUCACUGUGUGCCUUUAGACAAGUGUAUCUGAUAGAGUCACAUAAGCCUUUUAAAAACUUCCAGCUGUCCAGCAUCAUAAGGAGAUAAUAUCGCCUUACACAGUUACGCCCCUAUCUGUAUUUUCAGCUAUUAAACAUGGGGGAAAGUGAGAAAUAGCUCCCCUCUUGUGAAUAGGAUUGGUUACAUGGAUCACAUAACGUCAUUCGACAUUCGACGUUGUUAAAAAUCAAAGUUUUAGAAGUAUUAUUUAGCAUGAGAUCUCUCUUGAUGAGUUUUUCAAUAUCUUUUUUGCUCUCCCUCUUCUCCUUUUCACUAGACUAAAAAUCAUGCAAUCCACUUUUAUAACUGGCGUCUCUUGUUACCUUCUUUGUGCAUGCUCAAACCAUCUUUAUGUAAUCUAGGAUCGGCAAUAACAACAAUAAUGACAAAGUUUUGUUAGGAACAUCUGGAUAUGAAUGCUUCUUCUAACUGUAAAAUAUUAUUCUUUUGAUUUCCCCCUUCUUUUGUUUGCCUUGUCAAUGACUUCUUACUGCAUCACCUUUCUUGGAAGAUAUUGCAGAUAGAACGGUAGAUAUUAGGUAGGAAUAAGUAGCAUUCAGAAGUGUUCACAUAUUCAUCUCUCUUUAAAAUAUUUGUUGCAUUCUUUGACUGCAAUUAGACUUGUCUUCUUUAUGGGGUCCAGUUACUCUUCUUAUAUCUUGUUUGUUCAAUAAUGUAUAUCUGUCUAGAAAACUGAUCAAUGGGCUGCUUAAAAUUCUUGAGUUGUCAUUUGAAGUUCAAAUCUUGGGAUAAUUCUCCUGAUUUGGAGUUGUAGUACCCAGGAUUAAACAGAUGGAAAUAUCUUGACUGGUGACAAAUCCAGAGGAAAUAUCACCAUUGAAAUGGUCUUGGUUGGGAAACUCAACCAUUAAUCAUUAAAGUAAUUAACCACUCACUUUGAUCCAUUUCCUGCGAAAUAAAAACAUUACCAUUGGUGGUAUGUACUAUAUACUUUUAAAAAUCUCAUGCCCAAAUUCUGCAACUACACUCACCUGCCAUGGCAUUUAAAUAUAUGUUUUGUAACAUCAUGUUAUUAGAUGCCACGGCAUGUGACUCUUUUAACUAAUAUAUUCCACUGUAAGAACCAUACAAGCGGUUCAUCCAUCUGAACCAACCAGCCAAAACGUCCAAAUUAAACCGUAUGUAUAUGUGUACCAUGAUUGAGACCUUUCAGUCAUAGUUCUAGAUUAAUUUGACAGCUAGCCACCAUUCAGCCAAACUAUACGAGAGUAUUUGUAUUUUGAUUUUUGACAAUAAAUCAACACCCCAUCAAUUUUAUAUACGCAUCACUCACGAUCAUCCUCAUUCCCCAACAAAAUAAUUUCCAUUCCGGCAACCAAUAUAUUGUUUUAAAAGUACUACAAAACAAGAAAAAGAAAAAUAAAAUACGCAUUAUUCGGCUGCUAUUGCCAAAACUCACAGCUUAUAAUGUUCUUUUUCAGACCUUGUCAAAGUCCAAGUCAAAUAAACUCAACUUCAUGUAUCUUUCUUUUUCCUUUUCUAUUUUUCUCAGUUCGUUCAAACCAUAGAGCCAUAGUUCGCACUACAACAACCAACAACAUUUUUAUGGCCUAAACCUCCGACAAAAUAAAAAACCAAACUAUGUUGUCCCUCUCCACCAUCACAGCCACCAUUCUCAUCUUCUAUCUCCACCAUACGACGUCGUUGCCACCCCAUGCAACACUCUCUAGCUGCCACGUAACCUCCUUCAACUGCGGCAGCAUCACCAAUCUUUCCUACCCUUUCACCGGUGGCGACCGCCCCUCCUUCUGCGGGCCACCACAGUUCCUUUUGAACUGCCGAAACGGUGUCGUCGCCGAGUUGAACAUCUCAUCGGUGAGUUACCGAGUCAUUGAUAUCGACUCGGAGGAUCACACUCUCACUUUAGCAAGACUAGACCUUUGGAACGAGACAUGCACCGAUGUGUACGUUAACUCAACUUUUGAUGGCCCCGUCUUCAGCUACGGUUCGGGGAACCAGAACCUCACUUUGUUUUAUGAGUGCAAACCCACUUCACGGAUCAUCGAAACGCCAGAAAAUUUGUUUAACUGUUGGAGUAAUGGCGAUAAGAAUAACUCUUACUCUUUGGUUGGUCCUUUUCCUUUGGACCCUAUUCUUGAAGUUGUUGAAUGUGAUGAACAUGUUAAAGUGCCAAUCCUUAAAGUGCAAGCUGAUAGGCUCGUGGAAAACCGGUCUUUGCUUGGGGAGGUUUUGAUGAAGGGGUUUAAUGUGAACUAUAUGAAUCCUUAUGAGAGUGAGUGUUUUGAGUGCCUUGAUUCUGGUGGCGUGUGUGGGUUUGAUUCUGAUAACGAUGAACACAUUUGUAUUUGUGGGGAUCAUUUGUGUGCAACUCCAGGUAGCAGCAAAGUAGGUGUUGCAAUAGGCGCUAGUAUAGGAGCAGUUGUAGCCCUUGUUGUCAUUCUUGGAUGUGUGUACUUUGUGAUGCAAAGAAGGAGAAAAACUGCUUAUAAUAAACAAAGAAGCAUGGAACUGUUCAUUGCUCCUUCAAGCGGAGACACUUUUGCAUCUACAACUAACACGUCUCAAAGUCUAUCUUCUUACCAAUCCUCCAACACUGAUCCAAUGCCGCCGAGGAGUUACUACUUUGGCGUCCAGGUCUUUACCUAUGAGGAACUAGAGGAAGCUACCAAAAACUUUGACUCUUCAAGAGAACUUGGUGAGGGAGGUUUUGGCACUGUUUACAAAGGUCAACUCAAAGAUGGACGUGUAGUUGCAGUGAAACGUCAUUAUGAAAGCAACUCUAGACGUAUUGAGCAGUUCAUGAAUGAAGUUCAGAUUCUAGCACGGUUAAGGCACAAGAGCCUGGUGACACUCUUUGGAUGCACCUCUAGACAUAGCAGAGAGCUUCUCCUUGUGUAUGAAUUCAUACCCAAUGGAACAGUGGCUGAUCAUCUUCAAGGAAGGAGCUCAAACUCAACUAAUUUACUCCCUUGGCCUGUAAGAUUGAACAUUGCAGUUGAAACAGCUGAGGCUCUAGCCUACCUACAUGCUAAUGAUGUCAUACACCGCGAUGUUAAAACCAACAACAUUCUCCUGGAUGAUAACUUCCGUGUCAAGGUUGCUGAUUUCGGUCUCUCAAGGGAUUUCCCAAACCAUGUCACUCAUGUGUCAACAGCUCCACAGGGAACACCAGGUUAUGUUGACCCUGAGUACUAUCAGUGCUACCAACUCACUGAUAAGAGUGAUGUUUAUAGCUUUGGAGUGGUCUUAGUUGAGCUGAUAUCAUCAUUGCAAGCUGUGGACAUCAACAGGAACCGCAGUGAUGUGAACUUGGCAAACAUGGCUAUCAAUAAAAUUCAGAACCAGGAACUGCAUGAGUUGGUUGAUCCUUAUCUUGGAUUUGAGAGGGAUUAUGCUAUAAGGAGGAUGACAACAGGGGUGGCAGAAUUGGCCUUUAGGUGUUUGCAGCAGGAAAGAGAGAUCAGACCCUCCAUGAAUGAGGUGGUGGAGAUCUUGAGAGGAAUCAAGAGUGACGAUGGGCUUGGUGCAAGGGAAGAGACAGAAGUAUUGGAAGUUAGGAUAGAUGAAGCUAGACUUCUGAAGAAGGUUUCCCCGGUUUCACCAGAUUCAGUUGUUGAUAAAUGCUUUAGCGGCUCCUCUGUAUCUAAUUCCUCAUAGCUUCUAAGAUUUCCUCAAUUUUCUUUUGGUGAAGAUCUAGAUAUUAGAUAGUGAAACUACUGUACUAGUGUCAAUGAGCUAGUUUAGAAGUCUUAGCCCUUCACAUUUAUUUUCAUUAAAACCUUAUGUUUAAACUUUUAUUUGCAGCUUGUAUGUUAUGAUGAUAAUAUAGUAGUAGUUAUAAGAAGGAGAAUUCACUGUUGGUUCAAAAAUGCAAUAUGCAUAUGGGAGAGAAAAAUAAUACAUAUAUUUGUUGUGUAAAUACUCUCAUGUUGUUAGUUGCUUUGAUGUGUUUUUGAAAGGAGUUGGGUUAUUCUUCUCA